GGGCAGUGUGCUGUCCUGACUCAUGAAGUGAACAGUGAACUAUUAAGAAGACAAAGAUUGCACAGAUCCUCGUCCACCUGCAGCUGAGCAGAGAGCAAUGGAUCCUGGGUACUCCUCUGAACCUUACCCUGUUGAGACCGUCCCACUGCAGGACAGGAGACAUGAAGCAUCCCCUGGACAGCCUGGGGUUCUCACAGGAGUUCAGCACACCGUAGUGGACGUCCCCACUGAGCCUCCAACUGAUUAUCUGGUCUGGUCGCUGUGCAACUUCGUCUAUGGAAAUAUUUGCUGUCUUGGAUUGGUGGCUCUCAUUUAUUCUGUCAAGGCCAGAGACAGGAAGGUGGUCGGAGAUCAGGACGGAGCCAGACGUCACGCCUCCACUGCUCGCGCUCUCAACAUCACAGCGACCGUCCUGAUAUCUUUACUCGUCUUUCUCUGUAUUGUUGUGCCCCUUGCUUUAAUUGCAGAGACGGCAAGAUACCAUUAUAGACAUUACAGCUAUAACUAAGUAACUUUUGUGAGGUAUGAGGGGUUUUCAAACACCAUGACUCGUCUGCUUUUCUGGUUUUAUUUUGGUGCGUCAAAUAAAACUGUAACAGUUGUACUAGUGGUGAGAUCUGAGGCAACAAAGAAGAACUUCAACUGAAUAAAGUUCACUGGCUUAAAAUCUGCAAUGUGUGUUUUAGCUCCGAUGAAUGAAAAGCUUGCAUCAUGAUGAUAAUAAAAACAAUCCUGUUCUCUGUAAAACACAGGAAUAUAAA